AUUUAAGAUCGUCUUCGGCAAAAUAUUCAGCACAACUUUUCAACGUGGAAUUGAAAAGCUAGUGGUCCUUCUGUGUCACCCAGACUUAUUUUUACCGCCACUCAUUGGAACAAAUAACGCAAUUGUCAAAAUAGUAGAAUAUCCCUACUACUACUACUCCACGUUCAAUAGCAUACACUCUACGUCUACUUCACUCCACUAUUACCACCAAGUAACGUUGCCGCCGCCGCCGCCACCACCACACAUUCAUUUUGUUUAUACCUCCUCCUCCGCCUCCUCCAUCAACACUAUCACCAGUUGUAAGACGUCUACUAGCCUCUACCUAUCCAUCAUUAUCUCUACUGUCACGCACUAUUCGUGUACUACCACUACUACCGCCACGGCUUUUUUCUGGAUACGCAACUGAACAACUGCUACCACGACGACGGCAUCUCCUACCACCACUGAUUUCUACCUCUGACUAUCCCUCUUGCGGUGUAGCACCAACCAGAACGUAACCAGUUCUUCCUCGUCAUCGAUCAUGACAACAUCUGAGGAAAUUCUUCAAAUUGAUGGUUCCAUCUACGAAGGUGGUGGUCAAAUACUCCGUAAUGCUAUUGCCUUUAGUUGCCUUUUACGACGACCAGUCAGAGUAUGGAAUAUACGAGCUGGAAGAAGCAACGCAGGAUUACGAUCUCAACAUAUGACUGGAAUAAAGUUAAUCAGUGCUAUGUCUAAUGGAAGGCUGGAAGGUGCCACAAUUGGCUCCACUGAAAUCACAUUUUAUCCUUCUACUGUCAACGCUGGUCGUUAUGAAGCUGAUACACAAACUGCUGGGAGUGUAUGUCUGCUGAUGCAAGCUGCUGUUCCUUGUAUGGUGUUUGGCAAUGGGAGUAUUGAACUACGGUUGUUAGGGGGCACCAAUGCAGAAAUGGCCCCCCAAAUUGAUUACCAGCUUUUGGUGUUUAAACCAAUUGCUGCAAAAUUUGGUUUAUAUUUUGACUGUGAUAUUGAACGAAGGGGUUAUUAUCCUAAAGGUGGUGGUGAGGUGUACGUGAGAUCAGAACCUGUGAAAUACCUGAAACCUGUCACUUUGACUGAUGUCGGACACGUCACUAGUAUCUACGGACGCUCUUUUGUAUCCGGGCAACUUCCUCCUAAAGUUGCUAGGUUAAUGGCUGAUACAGCAAAGGCCACCCUGAAGCAGAAGAUGAACAAUAUCCCCAUUAAAAUGGAUGUUGUGAAGGAACCAAACCCAAACACAGCUUCUGGAAUCAUUUUGGUGGCUGAAACUACUACUGGAUGUCUUUUAGCUGGCUCAGGACUUGGCAAAAGAGGACGUUCUGCAGAGGAUGUGGGUUACCAGGCUGCUUCCAGUCUUUUAGACAAUAUUUUCCACGGUGGUUGUGUUGAUGACUAUCUACAAGAUCAGUUAAUUAUUCUGAUGGCUUUGGCUAAAGGCAAAUCUAGUAUUCGAUGUGGCCCUCUCACUCUCCAUACUGAAACAGCUAUUCAUGUUGCUAAACAACUUACUCAGGCCAAGUUUGAUGUGGUAAACCUUUCUCAGACCCAGACAAUCAUCGAGUGUGAAGGAAUUGGUUUAGAGAAUGCUGUGAUGUGAUUUGAUAUCACUUUCUUUCUUUCUUUCUCUCUCUCUCUCUCUACUCCUUAAAUACAUGUAUUUAUGUACAUACAAACAUGCAUAUGUGUAUAAUGUAUCCAUAUAUGUGUGCAUGUAUGUAAGUAUUUUUUUAUAUAUACAUAUAAAGGAAGCAAUCCAGCUUUUAGAAAACAAAUAGACAUCAAAGGUGUUUAAUGGUGCACUUUACUAUGUAUAUGUAUACAUUUGUAUGUACAUUGUGUGUGUGUGUGUGUGGGUGUAUGUGUAGAUAUGUGUUUGUGCUAACUAACAAAUGAAAGAAAAAAUACUCAAUACUGAAAAUAGAGUAUAAAUAAUUUAAUUUGGUCAACUGAAACCAAUCUCACUGUGGCAACAAGUUUCCACAAAUGUGGGCUGCACUGACAGAAAAAACAGAUACAGCAUUUGUGAAAACAUAGUUUCAUGAAGUUUGGUUUUGUUUGACUAAAUUCAAUUUCAUUAUAUAUAUAUAUAUAUAUAUACACAUAUGUAAAUAUUGAAUGAUGAGAAUAAGUUCAACACCACAUUAGUGGAUAGAAUUUCUUUAUUUGUGUAUUAAGGCUACCAUUGGUUUCAUGUUAAGAAAAAAUAUCUUAAUAUCUUAGCCAUUUUGCAAGCCAAUCACAUGGAGGGAUGGUGUUUUCAUCCAAAAUGGAAAUGAACACCAUUCCACCAUGUGAUUGGCUUGAAAAAUUGCUAAGAUAUUAAGAUAUUUUUUCUUAACAUGAAACCAAUGAUAGCCUUUAUAUCUAUCUAUCUAUCUCUCUCUAUACAUAUA